CCAGGCUUGUGGCUGACUGGAAAAAUGGAGAUGAAGAAAAGGAUCAACCUGGAGCUGAGGAACAGGAGCCCAGGCGAGGUCGCGGAGCUGGUAAUUGACAAUUGUCGCAGCAACGAAGGGGAGAUUGACGGGUUUGACGAUGGCUUUAAGGAGCUGGAGUAUCUCAGUAUGAUCAACGUGGGACUCAAGUCUCUCGCCAAACUCCCAAACCUGCAUAAACUCUUAAAGCUGGAGCUCAGUGAUAACUCCAUCUCGGGAGGACUAGACUUACUAACAGAGAAAUGUCCCAACCUUGUGUACCUCAACCUCAGCAGCAAUAAAAUCAAAGACUACAGCACAGUGGAGCCUCUGAAAAACCUGACUCAUUUGAAGAGCUUGGACCUGUAUAACUGUGACAUCUCCAACCCCAAUGACUACAGAGAGAGCAUCUUCAAGCUCCUCCCUCACAUAACUUACUUGGAUGGCUUUGAUCGAGAUGACCAGGAGGCCCCAGAGUCUGAUGAAGAGGAAGGUGAAGAGGAUGAAGAUGGAGCUGGUGCUGCAGAAGAAUAUUAUGAUGAUGAGGAUGAAGAUGAGGAAGAGGAGGAUGAAGAUGAGGAAGAGGAGGAGGAUGAACAAGAGCCAGAUGGGGAGGUUGGGCUGUCUUAUCUCCUGAAAGAAGAAAUUCAGGAUGAUGAGGAUGAUGACGAUUAUGUUCAUGAAGGAGAGGAAGAAGAGGCAGAUGAUCAAGAAGAAGCUGCCACUCAAGGACAGAAGCGAAAACGAGAGGCAGAAGAUGAAGGCGAAGAUGAUGAGUAAUUCCCUCUAAGCGUGACCAAACUCCUGUUCCAUUACAAUACAACUCUUGUUGCAUUCUUUCUAUUCUUUAGAUGGUAACUGUCACAAUAGGAGUUGAAGGGGGAGGGAGAUAGAGGGUGGGG